AUGUCGUCCACUGCCCCUUCGCCGCAAAAUACGACGAGGCCUGAGACCAUUACCCCCCCUCUGACCCCUAAACCAGCAGUCAAGGACGGGAAGGAAGAGCCCGCCGACAUCAACAUCCCCGACAACUAUGUUAGUUGGACACUUAAAAACCAGACAUCGCGCCCGCCCAUCACCUGGGACAAUUGGUGGCAGGAGAUGAACUGGCUCAAUCUCUCUAUUCUUACCAUCACUCCCGUCAUCGCAUUGUGGGGUGCGUUCUACGUCAAGCUGCGCUGGGAGACGUUCGUCUGGAGCGUGUUCUAUUACUACGUGACGGGACUUGGUAUCACUGCAGGAUAUCACCGUCUCUGGUCUCAUCGGUCGUACAACGCCUCCAAGCCGCUCCAGUACUUCCUCGCCAUGGCUGGCGCGGGUGCAGUCGAAGGCUCGAUCAAGUGGUGGUCUCGCGGACACCGCGCCCACCACCGCUACACGGACACGGACCUCGACCCGUACAACGCACACAAGGGCUUGUUGUAUUCGCAUAUUGGGUGGAUGCUUGUGAAGCCUCGCCACAAGCCUGGCGUCGCCGACGUGAGCGACCUCAGCAGGAACGAGGUCGUCCGCUGGCAGCAUCGCUGGUACCUGCAUUUGAUCAUCGGAUUCGGAUUUUUGUUCCCGACGGCGGUUGCGGGCUUCUGUUGGGGUGACUGGUUGGGCGGUUACGUGUUCGCCGGUGCUGCGCGUCUAUGCUUCGUGCAUCACUCCACGUUUUGCGUGAACUCACUUGCUCACUACCUGGGUGAAUCUCCAUUCGACGACAAGCACACACCGCGGGACCACGUGCUGACGGCACUGGUAACGAUCGGGGAAGGGUACCACAAUUUCCACCACCAAUUCCCGAUGGACUUCCGUAACGCGAUCAAGUGGUACCAGUAUGACCCGACGAAGUGGUUCAUCUCGGUGUGCGAGUUCCUCGGCCUUGCAACGCACCUGAAGGUGUUCCCCGAGAACGAGGUGCGCAAAGGCCAGCUGACGAUGGAGCUCAAGCGGCUCCGGAAGGCGCAGGAGGGCCUCUUGUUCGCUCCCGAUCUUGAUGAGCUUCCGGUGAUUAGCUGGGACAGCUUCAGGGAGCAGGCGGAGAGGCGUCCCUUGGUUGUUAUCGGCGGAUUUAUUCACGAUGUCGGCCACUUCAUGGAUGAGCACCCCGGCGGUCGCCAUCUCGUCGCGAAGAACAUCGGGCGCGACGCGACCACCGCGUUCUUUGGUGGUGUGUACGAUCAUUCCAACGCAGCGCACAACCUGCUCUCUAUGAUGCGCGUCGGGAUCCUGCAUGGUGGCAUGCAGCACGGACUGGACGAUAAGAGCGUCCCGCCGUCGCAGCGCCUGCGCAUUGCGCGCUACAACGAAUCCGGUUUGCCGAGCGCGUCAUCCCUGUCGUCUUCAGACAGCGAAGGCCUCCUUAUCUGA